AUGCAGGGCUAUCCAUCGAUGGCCUCUACAAGCACCAAAUCGGCGGUCGCUCGAAUCACUGGAAUCCCAUAUUCGGACAUUGAUGAGCUCGAAACCACGAAACCAGCUGUCACCUUCGCCCCGCCCACCACGUCUUCUACUCAUAUCUCCAAAUCUUCGUCUCCAUCAAAAGAAGCUCCGCCCCCUCCUCCUCCAUCGUCAACGUCUUCUGGGUCUUCUGAAGACUUCGCCCGUCAAUUGGCACUAUUCGAAUCGGGAACUCCGCUGAAAUGUGUCAGAAUUCCGAAAAGAGAGCAACAUCACGCUAAAAUGGUCAUUUAUGGAUGA